GGUAGACUAGUGUGAGACCAAGCUAGUGAGCAAUAGGCAAAAUUCAAUUUUCCCAGCGACAAGAGAACAUGUCAUGCUAACGCUAGUGUUCCGCAUUCAGCGUUAACAGUUUACGGUUAUGGCGAGGCGAUGUGGAAUUAUUGUCUUGCGUUGUCUAUGUUUAUUUGGGGGCAUUGCUAAAAUCCUGUAAAUGUAGUUAUAUAGCUUGCUGCAUUUUAGAGAGGCUACUGUAUGUACAGUAACCACGAACUCAUAGGCUAGUUUCAGUAGCCAAUGAUUCAACAACACAGUCUUUCAAAUCAAUGUGCGCUCUAUUAGGCCUAGGACAGCCUGCCUUAAUUGUUAAAUAACAAAAUCAUUGGAGUGUCAUGAAGUGAUGGCCUUGCGUGCGUGUGGAUUCAUUGUGUUUCGUCGGCUGGCACAGUCUUCACCUCUCCCUGACAACAUUGAGUACCUCCUCCUACAGACUUCAUAUGGCAAGCACCACUGGACCCCACCCAAAGGCCACGUGGACCCUGGGGAGGAUGAUCUCACCACCGCUCUGAGGGAGACGCAGGAAGAAGCAGGGCUGCGUGAGGAGCAUCUGCAGGUGGUGGAUGGCUUUCUCCAAGAGCUGUGCUACGAGGUGAGAGGGCGGCCCAAGACGGUUCUGUACUGGCUCGCGGAGCUGAGGGACCCCAAGAUGGCCGUCACGUUGUCGAAGGAGCACCAGGACUACCGCUGGGCCAAGCUGGAGGAGGCCUGCUCCCUGGCCCAGCAUAAAGACCUACAGGACACCCUGAGGGCAGCACAGCAACACCUAGACACAGAGCAAGGGAAACAUUAAGACACUACUACACACAAUGUUGUGCUAGGAAUUGUGAAGAGCAAGCUGCAAAAGCAAGUCUCUAGCUUUAAAAAACGUGUUUGUAACUUCGUCCCCAGGCUAUUGGACACAGAUGCGCGAGACUAGUGUCUGUGGGACUGCACAGCCUUGAUAAUUAAUGGAACAGAAAGUGUGAAUCUAAAGUGAGUUAUAAUUCUUAAUUCUAUGGUGGUAAUUUGGUCUGAGCAAGUCAUUGAACCCCUGUGUCACAUACUUAUACCCCCAAGGAACUGCCACCAAACUAAGGGUCAGAAAAGGAUAACCUCUGUACUUUAUUGACUACCCCUGUGCUUGGGAAUCAGUGGCCAAAUAAUUCAAUAGACACAAUAAGUGUUUUAUGUGUUAACAAUGUGUGAUGACUAAUAACCUUCUUGUCUUGCACUUUAAACAAGAAUAAAAACCAUCCCUUAAAUA